CAGUGGCAUUGGCUUGUCAGUCCCUCCCUCUUCGCCUUCCCAGACACUAAGUCUGGAAUGAAAAUUCACCUGCCUCUGAGCUGGCUGCUGAGGGGGGCAGGGGGUGUUACUUGGAUUCCCAGGUUGGAAGAUUAUCUCACCCAGCUCAGCCUAUAUAAGCUGACUGAUGUGGAGGGGCUCGCAGGGCCAACUCAAGGGAUUCAUCCCAUCAGAGCAAAGACAUACAGACCAAUUGGGGUAGACAUGAUGGUUCUGAAGGUGGAGGAGCUGGUCACAGGGAAGAAGAACAGCAAUGGAUCAGCAGGAGCGUUCCUGCCUGAGGACUUCCGAGAUGGGGAGUAUGAAGCUGCUGUUACUUUAGAGAAGCAAGAUGACCGCAAAACACUUCCAGGCCACCUUGUGACUCUGGGGGAGCAACAGUGGAAAAACGAGAAACAGAGAGAGGCAGAGCUCAAAAAGAAGAAACUAGAACAGAGAUCAAAGCUUGAAAAUUUAGAAGACCUUGAAACAAUCAUUCAGCUCAAGAAAAGAAAAAAGUACAGGAAAACGAAAGUUACAGUUGUGAAGGAAUCUGAACCCGAAAUCAUUACCGAACCUGUAGAUGUGCCCCGGUUUCUGAAGGCUGCCCUGGAGAACAAACUGCCAGUAGUAGAAAAAUUCUUGUCCGACAGGAACAAUCCAGAUGUCUGUGAUGAGUACAAACGGACAGCUCUUCAUAGAGCAUGCUUGGAAGGGCAUUUGGCAAUUGUGGAGAAGUUAAUGGAAGCUGGAGCCCAGAUCGAAUUCCGUGAUAUGCUGGAAUCCACAGCCAUCCACUGGGCAAGCCGUGGAGGAAACCUGGACGUCUUAAAAUUGCUCCUGAACAAAGGAGCAAAAAUCGGCGCCCGAGACAAGUUGCUCAGCACCGCGCUGCAUGUGGCGGUGAGGACGGGCCACUACGAGUGCGCGGAGCAUCUCAUCGCCUGCGAGGCCGACCUCAACGCCAAGGACCGGGAAGGGGAUACCCCCCUGCAUGAUGCGGUGAGACUGAAUCGAUAUAAGAUGAUCAGACUAUUGAUUACGUACGGCGCAGACCUCAACGUCAAGAACUGUGCUGGGAAGACCCCCAUGGAUCUGGUGCUGCACUGGCAGAAUGGAACCAAAGCCAUAUUCGACAGCCUCAAAGAAAACGCCUACAAAACCUCUCGUAUCGCUACCUUCUGA